AUUUACUCCUUACUUACGAAAAAUGGCGCUGACGAAUAACGUCCGGUCGAUAAAAGAAAAACUGAAAUUUACAAUGCAUAUGACUAAUUAACUGAUUGUCAUGUACUGAAUCACAGAAAUUUCGAGACAAGUUUAUUUUUUCUACAAGUAUUCAACAUUUUAUCCAUUUGGAGUGGACGGAAUUAUUUGAAAAAAACAAAAGACCUUACAAUGGCAGUCACGCCGACAGGAAAAGGCACGUCCUACCAGUACGACUCUCAAGGUAGUUUUGACUGGAAUGAAUAUCUGAAGGAGAAUGAUUGUAUACCUGCUCCACAGUCUUGUUUCAAACAGUCUGUGGAUCCACCAGUGAAUGAAUUCAAAAUGAACCAGAAGAUAGAGGCGGUGGACCCGCGGAAUCUGACCUCGAUCUGUGUGGCGACCGUGGUGGGGAUGAUCGGGCCGCGGAUACGACUGAGGCUGGAUGGGAGUGACAACACGAAUGAUUUCUGGAGGCUCGUAGAUUCUUCUGAUCUUCAUCCUGUGGGAUACUGUGAAAAGACAGGGAAACUUCUACAGCCUCCCCUAGGUUUUUGCAAGAACCCAACACUGUGGCCAUCAUUUCUACAGAAGACAUUACUAGGGGCUGAGAGAGCUCCAGAAAACUGCUUCAAGAAAGAGCCCUCCACCCCCAAAACAAAUGACUUCAAAGUAGGCAUGAAGCUAGAGGCAGUAGACAGGAAGAACCCACAGUUAAUCUGCCCCGCCACAAUCGGGGCGGUGAAAGGGGAGGAGGUCCACGUCACAUUUGAUGGAUGGCGGGGGGCUUUUGAUUACUGGACCAAGCGGGAUUCCCGGGAUCUGUUCCCAGUGGGAUGGUGUUCUACGAGUGGCCAUCCACUGCAACCUCCAGGGCAGAAAGGUACCCCACAGGUGAAGAGUAAAUCCCGUGAGCCCUCAGUGUCCCAGUCCGCCCACUCCCCGGGGAAUCAGAGCAGCACCUCCAAAUCCUCCACCUCCUCCUCCGGUCCCACCAGUCCGAACCUCCCCCACGACAGAUCUGUGUCCCCCCUCCAGGCCGAAUUCCCCGUGGUCACUGUCACCGAGCCAGAUACCAGCUCCUCCACCACAGCUACAGAUAAAGUGACAAUAUAUGUGAAUCACAACUGUAGCUGUGGUAUCUUAUUAAAUCCAAGGAAGAUAGAACAGCUUCCCAAUCAGUUUGGCCCCGGUCCCUAUCAGAAGGUUCUAAGGGAGGUCAUCCAGGCAUGUGUGGAUUGUGCAAACCAUGAAAAACAGGUCUACAACUUUAUCCAGGAUGGCAAUGGCAAAAUAGUCAUUACAGCAAACCAAGGCAAUAAGACCCACACAAAGAGACUGCCCCCUAUUGACAAGGUGUCGGACGUCUGGCGGUUUCUGGAGAAGUCCCUGGAGGAGCUGGGAUGUUGUGAGAAUCUCUUCUCUAGUCAGCCAUUACAUGGAUACUGUGCCCAGUGUAACAAGGAGAAGAAGACAGGUAGUGAUUUUAAGAAGCCCCUUGAGUCAGAAGAAUAUGAAAACAGAACGUCCAUCAACAGAGCUCUAAAGAGAAGGUGGUCCACAGACUCUGUAGAAAACCAGUCCCUGAAGGCUCAGCAAAAAAUCAGGAGGUUCUCAGCUUAUGAUUCCGCCGAAGCGAGUUCUACUACAGACAGCCGGCCCCCUCGUAAGCUGUCCGCUGACCCCAAUGACUGGACGAUAGAUGAUGUUGUCCAGUAUAUCUCGGAAGUGGACUCCACUCUGGCUUCCCACUCAGAAGUGUUCAGGAAACAUGAAAUUGAUGGAGGAGCCUUCAUGCUGUUAAAUAGUGACAUGAUGAUGAAAUAUCUGGGAUUGAAGCUGGGACCAGUUCUAAAACUCAGCAACAUCAUAGAAAAGCUGAAGGGAAAGAAGACUUCUCACUAGUCAAGAGUUCCAACACACACCAGAGAAAAGAUCAUCAGAAAGAAAAAUUCCCACUAGUCCAAGAUUCCAGGCCACCAGAAGAUGUUCUGAAAAAUGUGUACCAUCAUGAUAUGUAAUUUGUGUUAAGUGUUCUCGAAAAUAUGUGACGUCAUGACAUGUAAUUUGUGUAAAAGGUGUGACGUCAUGAUUUAUAAUUUGUGUAAUACAUGUAUGUGUAAUUUUCUGUGGUCAUCUUUUUUUUGUUAUAUAAAAUGAGGCAUGUACAAACUGUAUGUAAUUUUGUGAUAAAAACUGACAAAGAACAAUUUGUUGUUCAAAGUAUUCAUUAGUUAUACUAGUGUCUGUACAUAAAAGCUUUUCAUUUCAUGUAUUUAUGCACAUCCUUCAUGUAUCCAUUAUUUUGAUUUGUGUAAUGUAACAUUAUUACUGUUAAUAAGAAAAAAAUGACCAAACUAAUACUUUACAAUCAAAUCUUAAAAAAAAAGCUGAAGUGUGAAAUACAUUUUUCAGAUAUUUUGAAUAUUAGUUUUGUUAUUUGCAACCUUGAAUUUUUUUUUCAGCUGUUUAAUGCUUUUACAAGCAUAAAUAAAAUAUUGUUCUCAAAUUUCUAUGCAUAUUACUUCUAGAACAAUCAUGUUUUAUGAUACGUACAUUAUUGCAUUUAAAAUUUAUUUUGCUAAAGUUUGAUAUCAGUGUAGUGUUAUUUCCCCCCAAUCAUGCAUUUCAUUAUUAUCAUCAAAGUCACUUGAACUUUUCAUUGAGGAUUCAUUUUUAUUGUUAUUGUUAAGGUAAUAUAUGAUAGUGAUGGUGAACAAAACUUGUUAAUUGAACUUGUUAAGGUUUGUUUAAUACCUAAAAUGUGCACGUCUUUUUGACGCUUUAUUGUUAAAACUUUGUUGUUAAAUUCUGACAGUGCCCAGCUCUUUAGGUACUUUAAAAACACAUUUAAUGAUCAAGUUUUUGUUAUGUCCUGAAAAACAGUCCUUUAUUAUGCAGCAAUUUUAUUUUAUAGAGUCAUCAUGCGUUUCAAAUGCAUAGUGACACAGUAUUUUCCUUUGGAAGGUACAUAUGUGGUGCAAUUUAAUUUUGUUCAAAAUUUGGACAGUUAAAUGAAUUUUUGAAAGGAUGGUGUAAAUAAAUUGCUUUUUGUAAAUAUUGGUUAUUUAAGUUAGUGAUUUUUAAUCUUCUGUCUUUUACUUAAAUUAUUGAUGUACCAUGGCUUGAUGUACUUGUUCUACCAAGUGGAAUGGAGGCUUUAUUUUUUGGUAUCUAAUGUAGCUGAUUUUUAGGUAUUUAGUGGACAACUGAAUAAAAUGUUCUUGUUGAACAGAAUUUCUUGCCCUUCCUAUCUAUUGCUUUGUAAUUAAUGCAAAGUUAUCAACUGCAGAAGUCCUCUGAUAUUCAUUGAUUUUAAUCCGAGGUUUCUUCUCGAUAUUGGAUGAAUGGAUACCUUCAUGUAUAUAAACUGUAUACCAACAUUGUACAUAAAAUGUACAAUACUAGAUUUUUUUUCUUUAGUUUCUUUUUUUUUCCAUUCAGGGUUAAUUACUUAGAUUUAAAAUGAGAAAUUUUGCUGAUGUCAUUAUAUGCACAUAUUUAGCAUAAGGAUAUUUGCAAGUCCUCUGUGUGUGGUAAUUUAAUUUAUUAUGUACGGGUAAUGAGGGAUAUCUUUAAUUUUGACUUUUUUUUUUUGGCAGUUUAUGAUGUAUAUUACUCACAUAGUAAAAAAGUCUGUGGAAAUUAUUAGAUGAUAAUAAUUUCCAAAUGUAAAAUUAAUACAAGUUUUAUAAAUAAACUUAGGUAAUAUAAUAUACAUGUACAUACAUGAAAAACUGUACUUUGUUUAUAAAGUAUUUGAAACGAUGAUUAUAAUGCAAACUUGAAACAAGUAAAUUGAAAUUUUCGACCCUGAGUUAUAGCUCUACUCUUUAUCCAACACUUAUUAAUAUGUACACCUGUAUUUUUGAAGAAGAAGGAAAAAAUAUGAAAUUGAAAUUUGCUAAAAUGUCAUUCUUCUCUCUCUCUCUCUUUUGAUAAAAAUCUGACAGUGUGUUAAUUUACUAUAUUGUUUUAAAAUUUCAUUAACAUGUUAUUCUGUUUUGAUGAAAAACAAUCAUACAUAUGAUUUUUAUAGCUUUUUUGUGAGGGUUAUAUAUCUCAAACUAGGAAACAUCAUUAUUUGUAUAACAAUUAAGUGAUCAUUGAAUCUUCAAGCAUAAGAAUGUUUAUUAUUCAGGGCUAAAAGCUUGCAGUUAUAAUAUUUUGAAAAGAAUAUGUAUUUGAUUCUAAAAUUUCCGUUUAAAUUUUAAAUCAAAGAAUAUGUUCAUAAAAGAAUUCAAAAUGUAUUUAUCAAUAUUUAAUAGUGUAUUUAAAAUUAACAUGUUUUUGUAUAGAGAUACACAGAAUUAACAUGAUAAGAAAAAUUAUUUAAUAUUCUAAUAUUUAAAUUAAUAAUGAGACAUUUCAUAUUAUUUUCACAGGAAAUUAGAUGUACUUAAUUUUCAAAAAAGGUUUGAAAAAAGGGAAAAAAUCAAUGAUUCUAUCCUGUACAUUUUGAAGAUCUGUUGUUAGGGACUUAGAAAAUCCAAUAAAAUCAAUGUGGUGCUGA